GCGUGUUUUUUAACAUUUUACAGGCAUAAUGGCUUUUAGAUUUAGUCCUAAUGCUGUUUAAACUCGGUUUAAACAACAAACUUGCUGUUUAAACAGUUGAAACUUUUUUGGAUUCUGCGGUCUGUUUGUAAACAAGGGCGCCAGUAUCUGCCAGAUGACGUCACCUUGAUUUGGUCUAUUGAAAAGGAGUGCUUGUUAGUUUGUUAAUCAGAGGUUUUGUAAUCUGUCUGUGAUUUUGCAAUGAAUAUUCUUCCGAAAAAAAGUUGGCAUGUUCGCAAUAAAGACAAUAUUGCACGGGUACGGCGCGAUGAGGCGAAAGCUGCCGAAGAAGAAAAAGAACGACUAAGAAGAAUAGCACUUGCUGAUCAAGAGGCAAAGAUAAACCUACUUCGACAAAAAUCAACUUGUCGAUCUAACGCUGAUUGCGUGGACUCAAGAAAAGAAAUUGGACAAAGAGGUAACACUCAGCAACAUGUUAACUUUUUCCAAGACCUUGAAACAGGCAAAGAUGACGGAGUAAAGCGAAAAAAUGCUGAUCACGAACGCGAGAAAAAACAAGAGCAAGAAAAGUACGAGAAACAGAUUGGGUAUUUGACGUACCUAGGACAGGACACAAAUGAAGCUUUGGGCAAACGAGAUUGGUACGACGUGGCACCACAAAGAAAUGAUACUUAUGAUGAGCAAGGGAAGGUGAUAGAAGUGUCGAUGAAAACGAAAUGUUUCAACGAUCCGUUAAACGUUAUACGUCGCUACCUACCACAGAUAGGAAAAAACACAUAUCCAGUUUCCAAAUCGCAAACAAAAUCUGAAUACCCUGCCGAUGAAACCGUUGCUUCAUCUUCCAAAGUGCAUCACUAUGAAUCAAUUUUGUACAAAAACUCCAAAACCUCUGAAUACAAACGUAAAUAUAGUUCAUCAGAAAGUGCAAAAAUAUCGGAUCAACAAAUGAAAAAACACAAAUCACAACAUAAAAAGCACAAGCAUAAGAAACGAAAAAAAUCAAGCAGUAGUUCAGCAUCAGACGAAUCAUCAUCAGACGAAGAAACAAGGCAAAUCAAAAAGAAAAAAUUGGAAAAAUUACGACAGGAACGUCUGUGCCGAGAAAAAGGAGAAAAAGCUCGAGCAGAAAAACUUUUAGCAAAAAUUAAAGGAAUCUCUGAGCCACAGAUACCAAAACCUUCUACAGCACCUGCGCCUUCACUGAUUAAGCAAAAAUAUAACUCGCAGUUUAAUCCUGAGUUAGCAAAACAAAAUUAUGAAUAAGAAAACAACUAACGUGACAAAUAAACAGACAAA